AGCGCACACACCGCCGGUGUAGCCGAUGUCGUCCUUGAGUCCGCAAUCACAACAAUCCAGGAUUGUGAGGAUUCCGUUGCUGCGGUGGAUGCAGCGGAUAAAGUGCGCGUCUAUAGCAACUGGAACGGUAUUAUGAAGGGGACGUUGGAGACAACGUUUGAGAAAAAUGGUAAAAUGCUGACCCGCCGCCUUGCACCGGAUAAGACGUUUACCGCUCCUGAUGGCAGCACAUGGACGUUACCCGGUAGGAGCCUCCUCCUCAUUCGGAAUGUUGGACUUCACAUGUACACGGAUGCCGUCACGACAACAGACGGUGAGGAGAUUCCAGAAGGCAUCCUUGAUGCGAUGGUAACCAGCUUCGCCGCGAUGCAUGAUCUACGAGGCAACGGUUCGGGCACCAAUAGUAAAACGGGUAGUAUUUAUAUCGUCAAACCGAAGUUCCACGGACCCGAAGAAGUCGAUAUGACGGUUCGAUUGUUUGAAUGGAUAGAGUCUGCGCUUGGACUCCUGACGAAUACUAUUAAGAUCGGGAUUAUGGAUGAGGAACGGCGGACGACCAUCAAUCUCAAAGAGGCGAUUCGGAUGGCGAGGGAACGACUCGUCUUUAUUAACACCGGAUUUUUAGAUAGAACCGGUGAUGAAAUCCAUACGAGCAUGGAAGCGGGACCGAUGAUUCCGAAAAUGGACAUUCGCAACGAACCGUGGAUGCUCGCUUAUGAAGAUUGGAACGUCGAUAUCGGAAUUGAAACCGCUUUGCUCGGCACCGCACAGAUCGGGAAGGGGAUGUGGACGAAACCUGACCACAUGGCAGAGAUGGUUGAAACAAAGGUGAAUCAUCCAUUGGCGGGUGCAACGACGGCGUGGGUGCCGUCGCCGACAGCUGCAACGCUUCAUGCGAUGCACUACCACCGGGUUGAUGUUGGAAAUUGGAUAAAAGAAUUGGCGGCGAGGCAGCGCGCGAGUUUAGCGGAUCUGUUGACACCGCCUCUGUUGAAGGACCGCGAGUUACAACCCGAUGAGAUUCACCGCGAGUUAGAUAACAAUGCACAGGGGAUCUUGGGCUACGUCGUGCGAUGGGUGGAUCAGGGGAUCGGUUGCUCGAAGAUACCGAUAUUAACAACGUCGGUUUGA